CACUCUUCAUAAACUGCUGCAGAAAACUGCUGAAUUGUGAAGCUCUUCUGUGACGUUGAUAUAAUGAUGGAUUUCAGGAUGGCCAUCCAUGUGAUUUUGUUUCUAACACUUUUUACUGGGCUGCGUGUCGCCGGUUUGACAGGGAAUCUUGCUCUUAAUGCCAAAGUGGUGCAGUCCUCCUUAGGACACCCACAGGGAGCUGCUGAACAUGCAGUAGAUGGAAACAGAGAUGCAGAUUACGGGAAGGGUUCAUGUACUCACACUAAAGCUGAGUUUAACCCAUGGUGGAGAGCUGACCUUGGAAACGUCUACAGUAUAAGCAAGGUUUCCAUCACGAAUCGUGGAGACUGUUGCAAAGAACGACUCAGAGGAGCUCAGAUUCGCAUUGGUAACAGUCUGGAGAACAACGGAAACAACAAUGAGCUAGUUGCCACUGUUCUCACUGUUCCCGAUGGCACUGUAGAGUUUUUGUUUGAGCCUGUUAACGGACGAUACGUCAAUAUUUUUUUACCUGGGAACGAUGAAGUCAUUACUCUGUGUGAAGUCGAGGUGUUUGCAGAAGAGGACAAACCAUUGUACAUUUGUGCUCCAAGGAAUCUUGCUCUUGGAGGCAAAGCUGUUCAGUCCUCCACAUACAGUAAUUUAGCGGCUGCUCAAAAUGCUGUCGAUGGUAACCGGGAGUCAUUGUACGCGCUCGGGUCAUGCAGCGUGACUAGCGGGGACAAGGACCCCUGGUGGAGAGUUGACCUGCUGGACGUCUACAGGGUAACCAGGGUUAGCAUCACUAAUCGUGGAGACUGCUGUGAAAAGAGGAUCGAGGGUGUUCAGAUCCGUAUCGGCAACAGCCUGGAGAAUAACGGCAACAAUAAUCUCCUGGCUGCGACUGUUGGGCCCGUCCCACUCGGAGACACAAAAACAUUUGAGUUUAAGCCUGUUAAGGGGCGAUACGUCAACCUUAUUGUGCCUGGACGCAAUGAAUUCCUCACUCUGUGUGAAGUUGAGGUUUAUUCAGAUUAAAUGGAACAAGAUGAUGUCACACCUCAGUUCAAGGAUUCUAUAUUCAAAAUUAAUCAAACUUCUGUUUUCUGAACAAUAUUAAUAGUGUACGUUUUCAUUUGACCUAUGCAGCUUUAAUCAUUUAAUCAAGAGCUCUUUUGAUGCACAAUGAGAAAUGUUUUGAAUGGUGACUGUUUAAAGCUUUGACAUUCUUCACUUCAGUUUGCAGCAGGUUGUGUAUUUACAGCCUGAACAAACCCAUCUUUAUUCAUCUUUGCUUUCUACAUGAAUAAAUUACUACUGCAUUGCAUGU